ACGCAUAAUUUUCGGUCUCCUUUUUGGUCCGGUGGUCGCCAUGAUCUUCAGCCUCUACAAUUACCUGCAAACAAAGCAGGCCACCAUCGAGCAACAACGCCUCGAGAUCGAUGAAGUAACCGCGGGCAUUUUGCGGUUCGUCCCCUAGUCCGUCGUCGACGACUACAGCUGCGUCCUUCCAGAGCGGCCGUGGUACGUCCCACAGGUGUUCCAGCUGGACCGCCAGCAGGAGUGCAACGAGCAGACGCUGCAGAGCCUCCACGACCUCGCCGCGACGGUACAGACCUCCGCAUGGAUUGUUCUGGGCCACCUCAUCGUCGUCGUUCCCGCCAUAGUCGCCUUUGUCUGGAUGACUUUUGGUGCUAACCGCGUGAAAAAGGAAUGUUCAGCUACACCUGAAGAAAACGAAGAGGUUUCAGAUGAAGCUGAAAAGAAAGAGGUUUCAGAUGAAGCUGAAAAGAAAGAGGUUUCAGAUGAAGCUGAAAAGAAAGAGGUUUCAGAUGAAGCUGAAAAGAAAGAGGUUUCAGAUAAAGCUGAAGAGAAAGAGGUUUCCUCUCCCCAAGAGGAUAACACCAGGGCUUCCUCUCCCGCGACGCAAGAAGGAAGCUGUCAGGUUGAUGCUUCUGACGCUGAGAAAAAACACGUUUCUGCCUCACCUAAAAAGAACAAAAAGGUUUCAGAUAAAUCUGAAAAAGAACAGAAAGAAUGUUCAGCUGCACCUAAAAAAACCAAAAAGGUUUCAGAUAAAUCUGAAAAAGAACAGAAAGAAUGUUCAGCUGCACCUAAAAAAAACAAAAAGGUUUCAGAUAAAUCUGAAAAAGAACAGAAAGAAUGUUCAGCUGUACCUAAAAAACCCAAAAAGGUUUCAGAUAAAUCUGAAAAAGAACAGAAAGAAUAUUCAGCUGCACCUAAAGAAAACGAAAAGGUUCCAGAUGAAUCUGAAACGAAAAAGGUUUGCAUUUUCCAGGAGGAUAGCAAAAAGGAUUCCUCUCCCGAGAGAGCCAGAGUGAUCGACUGGGUCUCAGAUAUGACCUAGGGCGAGAUGCAUGAGGAGGAGGACUACAUCGUAUCCACCAUCGACCUGCGCAACGUCACCAUCAAGCAGGGGCCCUUCACGUACCGCGACUUGAAGCAGGAAAAGGAGCAGCAGCUCGCCAAGAGACAGCAACGCAUGGCACUCUUGGCCGCGCGUGAGAAGCAGCUCAAGAAGGCAGCCACGAGGAAACUGGAGAUCACUUAGCAUGACAUCAGGAAGAUCCUGAAGAGCCAGAAGGAACAUCAUAAUAAAAACGAGAAGAAGAAGAAGAAGCUCAACCAGAAGCAACGCCGCAAGAAUAAGCUCCAGACUGAAAUGGCACCACUCUGGAUGGUUUACCAAACGCCGGAUGCGCCGCGCCAACGCCAGCCUCGUAAGUGAGCAUAGCUUCACUGAUAGCCCUUGACUGAUGCCGCGCCUUAUAAACCUUUAAGGGCGUCUCAACGUCGUCGCUGAUCUGGGAUCUCCGAGGGCGUCGGGCCGUCUGACGAGGGCCCUCCGGCAGUCGUGGGGAUUCCAGGAGGCGUGAAGAUCUCGCGCCGGUGACACUACACACACUACACCGUUCUUCUGCUUAUGAACAAUCAUUUGGGAAAUUCUAAAGCAUUAGCAUUUAAAAAAGUCAAAAUUUGUAUCAAAUUUGUUUGGCCCUACAUAUACACACACAU